AUGCAGGCCUCGACAGCCGCUCCGCUGAGGCUCUGCCGCUUCCGUCCCCGCCCAUCUCUUCCUGUCGCCCGACCGCCCGCGCCGCGCCGCGCCCACGCCCUCCUCCUCCAUGCACCCGGGUCUCGCCGCUCCGUGGCGCAUCAAGUGUCGGAUGCCGAGAUUGCUGCGCUCGCGCAACAGCACCAGCAUCCUCUCAGCCUAGCUGAUCUGGUCAGACACGGCCGCCCCCCCCUGUCCGAGAAAUCGCUCCUCUCCUCGGCCAACUUCACCUUGUCCCUUCUCCCGAUCCGGCUGGCCCGGCGGAUCCAGGCCCUCCGCAACCUGCCGUACAUUGUCGUGUCCAACCCCAACAUCGCCCGCAUCUACAACAACUACCUCCACUCGCUGUCCAUCCUCCUGCCGUACUGGCACGCCGCCAGCCAGGGCCGCGCCAUUGCCACGCCCCAGGACGAGAUUGCCUUCACCAACGUGCUGGCCGAGCUGGUCGCCACGCACACCGACACCAUCCCCAUCCUGGCCAGGGGCUUCCUCGAGUGCCGCAGGUACAUCUCGCCCGCCCAGGUGACGCGCUUCCUCGACGAGCACCUGCGCGCCCGCAUCGGCACCCGGCUGGUCGGCGAGCAGCACAUUGCCCUCCACUUCAGCAGCCAGCCGCACUUCGCCCCCGGCGACAGCCCGACCCCGUGCCCCGAGCACCCGUCCUACAUUGGCGUCAUCGACACGGCCCUCAGGCCCGCGCUGACGGUCGAGGCCUGCGCCGGCUUCGUCGCCGACAUUUGCGAGCUGCGCUACGGCUCGCGCCCGCUGCUCCGCGUCGACGGCGAGCCCGACACCACCACGUUUGCCUUUGUGCCCACCCACCUCGAGUACAUUGUCACGGAGCUGCUCAAGAACGCCUUCCGCGCCACCGUCGAGAGCAGGUCCCGCGAGCCCGUCGUCGUCACCGUCGCCCCCGAGCCCCCCCUCAAGGAGCAGCCGGGCGGCGCCCCCCUGAUCCAGCAGCCGUCCGAGGACCGCGGCCGGUUCCGCAGCGACGCCAUCAGGCCGCUCGACGACAACGCCCCCGGCGUUACCAUCCGGAUCCGCGAUCGCGGCGGCGGCAUCGCCCCCGACGUCCUCCCCAACAUCUGGUCCUACUCCUUCACCACCUUUUCCGACGACGACGAGUUUCCCGGCUCGGGAGCCGCAGGCGGUGGCGGCGGCGGCGUUGACGGUCUCGGCGCCAUAGCUGCCGCCAGCACCGGGGGCAGUUCCAUAGCCGGCCUCGGCUACGGCCUGCCCCUGGGCCGAGCCUACGCAGAGUACUUUGGCGGUGGCAUAGCGGUGCAGAGCUUAUAUGGCUGGGGCACCGACGUCUAUCUGCGCCUCAAGGGGGUCGGCAACAUCGACUAA